AAAAGCGUUGAAUGGCUCGUGUUAGAUGAAGCAGACAAACUAUUGGAUUUGGGAUUUCUUGAACAGCUUGACGAAAUUCUCUCGAGUUGCAGUAACUCGAAGCUUCAUUGUUCUUUGUUCAGCGCGACCAUUUCAGAAAAAGUACAGGAAUUGGCGCGCACUAUUUUAAGGGAUCCCGUUUCGGUAUUUGUUGGCAAACGGAACACGCCAACAGAAACUAUAAUGCAAGAACUUAAAUAUUGCGGUCGGGAGGACGGAAAAUUAUUGGCCAUUCGUCAGCUUUUUAAUACAGGUCUCGAGCCGCCCGUCCUUAUAUUUGUUCAAAGCGUUGACCGCGCCAAGCAGCUGUUUCACGAGUUGGUCUACGAUAAUAUCAAUGUCGAUGCCAUCCACUCAGAAAGAACUCAAGCGCAGAGGGACUCAGUCAUUCGAAAGUUUCGCUCUGGAGAUAUUUGGGUACUGAUAGCCACUGACGUUCUUGGGAGGGGAAUGGAUUUUAAAGGAGUCAACGUCGUUAUUAAUUACGACUUUCCGACCUCUACAGCCAAUUAUAUUCAUCGCAUUGGUCGUACUGGACGGGCUGGACGGGCAGGCAAAGCCAUUACUUUCUUUACUAAUGAAGACUUUACCAACUUAAGAAGUAUUGUUAAUAUUAUUAAAGAAUCUGGUGGUGAAGUUCCUGAGUGGCUGCUGAAAUUUAAACGGCCAAAUGCAAAAAAAAGAAAACAGUUAGAAAAGAAACCCGUCGAUAGAGAAGACAUCUCGAUUAUUCCGAAUAAAAGAAAAAAAUAG